CAUCCCAGCUUACGCGGUACGCCUUUGGCAAUGCUGGCGGCGCAGUGUAACAAGUUAUCAAGCAAGUCGCCGCCUCCGCUGGCAGAUGCAGCGGUCGGCAAGGGAUUUCAUCCGUGGAAGAAAAGUCCUGGGGCACACUCCCCUCCUGUGAGCAGCGCAGCUCCACGCUCGCAACCACCAGCAUGUGCACCUUACGCACGUGCUCCAACCUCAUGCGCUGCUGCUCCUUCUUACGGCAAUGAUCUCUAUUUUCCUCCAUCAGGAGAUCAGCUACUCGGCAAAAGUGAAUCCAGUGCUAGUCUUGGCUCGAUGUAUUCGCGACACCCUUAUGAAUCAUGGCCUUUCAAUGUCGGCGGAGGAGGUGGCAGUGGAGCACUGAAAGCCGCAGAAAUGAGUGGAGUCAGUGCUGUUGGCAGUACAUGGUGGGAUGUACACAGCGGUUGGCUUGACGUUGGUGGACAAAUGGCCAACUACGCCGGGCAAGAUUACUCACAACUGACACAUUCACUUUCUGGAGGAGCACAUUUACUACCACCGGCUCCUCAUCUUUUGCAAGAUGCAUAUAAAUCUGUCUUACCAACGCAAGGAUCCUUCGGUCUGCAUGGGCCAGGGUCACCGGCGCCACCCACACAAGCACCCUCACCUAGAUCGCAGAGGCGCUAUGCCGGUCGAGCCACCUGCGACUGCCCGAACUGUCAAGAAGCAGAAAGAUUAGGACCGGCUGGUGCUCAUCUAAGAAAAAAGAAUAUACACAGCUGUCAUAUACCUGGUUGUGGCAAAGUAUACGGUAAAACUUCCCAUUUAAAGGCUCACCUGCGCUGGCAUACUGGUGAGCGGCCAUUUGUGUGCAACUGGUUAUUCUGCGGUAAACGAUUUACACGCUCCGAUGAGCUGCAACGGCACUUGCGCACCCAUACAGGGGAGAAGAGGUUUGCGUGUCCGGUAUGCAAUAAGAGAUUUAUGCGGUCGGACCAUCUUGCGAAGCAUGUGAAGACGCAUAACGGGGGCAAGAAAGGUAGUUCGGAUUCAUGUUCAGAUUCUGAAGAGAACAGUCAAGGAGAGGGGGGUGCUGGCGGUCGGUCGCCAGAGCAUUCUUUGGAUGUGAAACCAAGUACGCUGGUGUGACGGGGGCGCGCGGCGCUACCUGUGCCGCACCACACUGCACCGCUCCUGUGAUAUCUCGCUGCGCCCGCGCACGCUGUAUAUAACACAUAUCAAAACACUGUGUAUAGUGAAUCGGACUACUAACUAAAGACGUUGCGAUAUCGCUCUUAUGUAUUGUGAGACUUUAAAGUGUUGUACAGUUAUAUAUAUCGAAUAAAUAUAAUUAUCUUAUUAUAGCUAGAAAUUGUAUGGUAAUUAGGCUAAGUAGAAUCACUGUUUUAGUCCAAAUUUGCAGUUUAUAAUUUAUUGAAUACCUCUACAGGUCAUGGAAAAAGAUGCAAUUUAUUUAUUGUUCAGAUUGUUCGUCGACUGUUUGGAAAACUAAACCUUAAAAUAAAAUAUUUUUAAUGUAAUAAGAUAGCUUUCGUGUCAAUAUUUGAGCCUUUUAACUAAUUUUUCUUCAGUUAUCUUAAUUAAUUUGUAUAUUCUGAAAUCUUUUAUUAUUAUUGCAUCCUACAUAAAUAUUUAAAAUAUACAGACUUAAAAUAAAGUAGAUAUUUUUUCAAUAACGAUUUGUUUGUUUUUUGUCAUUGUGAUUUUUUUAUAAUAAUAAUAAUAUUGUCUAUAUUUGCUAUAAAUAGGGUUAUAUGCACGAUGGUAAUAUUUAAAUUCAGUGAAAGCUUUGACCUAUUUACUUAUUUAAUAGCAUGUGCAUGUAAAGAUUACAAUUAUGAUGAAAACACUCAGUUAAUUAAUUCCGUGUACAUCAAUAGUUAUAAUAGAAAAAAAUAAAUGAAUCAAAUUAUAUUUGUCAGUACGAUUGUUUUAAGGACCGAAAUGUUACAUUCCAAUAAAAAAUAUAAGUAAUC